UAUCGAUAGACCGGUUUGUUACGCAAGCAACAGGUUCUGGUGUGACUUCUGAUUGGAUUUUUGUUAUUUCCAAGUGUGAUUGCUGCGCUAGUUUAUACAUUUAACUAAAUUCCAAGAUGUCCGCCCGACUACUUCAGGUCACGCGUCGCUGGAGCGCCCAGCGCACUUACAGCUCAAAAAUAGCUGAGGUUGUGGUAGUUUCGGCUGCCCGUACACCAAUUGGCAGCUUCCAGAGUCAAUUAGCCCCACUGACGGCCACCCAACUGGGAGCUCGGGCCAUUGAGGCCGCUAUUGAAAAGGCAGGGAUUGCAAAGACCGAUGUCCAGGAAGUUAUAAUGGGCAACGUGGUUUCAGCUGGUUUGGGACAAGCUCCCGCCCGGCAAGCUGCCAUUUUCGCUGGACUCCCUACCAACGUGUGUUGCACCACGGUGAACAAAGUCUGCUCUUCGGGCAUGAAAUCUGUGAUGUUGGGCGCUCAAUCUUUAAUGCUCGGUUAUGCGGAUGUGGUCGUUGCCGGUGGCAUGGAGUCGAUGUCAAAUGUGCCCUACUACCUGAAGAGAGGCGCGACUCCCUAUGGUGGCGUAAAUCUCACUGAUGGCAUCGUUUUUGAUGGACUUUGGGAUGUCUAUAACAAGUUCCAUAUGGGCAAUUGUGCUGAAAAUACGGCCAAGAAACUGGAGAUCACGCGACAGCAACAGGAUGACUUCGCCAUUGAGUCGUACAAGAGAUCAGCUGCAGCUUGGGCUAAUAAGGUGUUCCAGGAAGAGAUUGCUCCCGUGAAGAUCCAGCAAAAAAGGAAGCCAGAGAUUGUAAUCUCCGAGGAUGAGGAAUACAAACGCGUGAACUUUGAUAAAUUUGGACAGUUGGCCACUGUUUUCCAGAGGGAAAAUGGUACUGUGACCGCUGGAAAUGCCUCAACAUUGAAUGAUGGUGGUGCCGCGGUGGUUUUAAUGAGUGCUGAGGCCGCUCAGAAGGCGGGAAUUAAGCCUUUGGCCAGAAUUGUGGCCUUCCAGGAUGCGGAAACCGAUCCCAUUGAUUUUCCCAUUGCUCCAGCUUUGGCAAUUCCCAAACUACUAAAACGUGCCGGCGUUCGUAAGGAGGACGUUGCCAUGUGGGAGGUCAACGAGGCCUUCUCCCUGGUGGUGUUGGCCAAUAUCAAAAAACUGGAUGUGGACCCCACCAAGGUCAAUGUCCAUGGUGGAGCUGUAUCCAUUGGACAUCCGAUUGGAAUGUCUGGAGCUCGUCUGGUGGCCCAUCUUUCGCAUAGCCUUAAAAAGGGCGAAUUGGGCUGUGCCUCAAUUUGCAAUGGCGGUGGUGGAGCCUCCUCCAUUCUUUUAGAGAAGUUGUAAAGCCACCUGGAAACCCUACUCUCAACCAGAAUUGCAUUUAAUAUGGAUCUAACGCAGUGAUCGUUAAAAGCUCUAUGUUUUUUUUAUAAUUGUUAAGUGUCUUUUUUUGCGCUUAGCUGCAUUUAUCGAAAUCUUGUGAUUUGCAUAAUAAAAUUAUGAACCAUUGAUUAAUUAAA